AUGAUUCUGACUGUUCCUCAGCACACCACAGCCGACUUCCUCCGAUAUCCGGGCAGGGAUAAGCAGCUCAUUGACCAAAGACACGGGUCCGCGAUCAUCCCGUUCAUUCUUAACGCUUUCUUUUCUUUUGAGCAGUCCUUAAUAUCAUCAAUCUUCUUUUUCCCUCCCAUUCAUACAUUUAUAUUGCUCCCAUCUCUCUCUUUCUCUCUCUCUCUCUCUCUCUCUCUCUCUCUCUCUCUCUCUCACCCCUACUCUUACUCCUUUACAUCACCAACCUUUUCCCUUCGUUUUUCUCUCUCUCCCUCUUAUUCCCUUCUUUUCCUACUUCUUUUAUUCUUCUUCAUGAAAAGAGGGUCUCUUAUCGCAAAAGACAGUGCCUACCAAACCCUCUUCCCCCGUAUUCACCUUUUACGCAUGUACGCGCAUGCGUGCUCGCGUGCAUUGUUUUGGCUUUUUCUCUUUCUUUAUAAUUUCUUCUUUCAUUCAUUCCUUCUGUUAUAUUUUGUUAAAACUUUCAUUUAUUUCUUUCACACAUUAAUCUCUUCUUUUCCUUCUUUUUCAGUUACUUUUUCUUUAAUUCUUUCUUUUACAUCUAAAUGCCUUUUUUCUUUCUUCUAA